GGAGUUUAAAAAAAACAAUUACUGUAGUUUUGUUGAGGUGAAAUCAGGUGAAAUAUGAGAUUUAUAAGUUACAAACAAAGUAAUUAAUAUUUGUAAUUAUUAAAAUUGGAAAUAACAAAUAUUAUGUACUUGAAGAUAGGAACGAAAAUAAAAAAAAUAAAUGGAAAGUAAAAAAUUUACUGGAUCUAGAUUUCUGAAAUGUUUUACACGUCAGGCGUAAAUUGCAGACCAUCCCCAACUACCUCUUAAGUCACCUUCAGAGUCAAAUUACAUAAAUUAUUUUCAUUUUCGUUGCGUGAAAAACGUUUCGAUAUUCAGUGACAAUCAAAUUUGAGAAAUGGCAAAUCGUACCGUAAAAGAUGCAAAAUCAAUUCGAGGUACAAACCCCCAGUAUUUAAUUGAAAAAAUAAUACGAUCAAGAAUAUACGAUUCGAAAUAUUGGAAAGAAGAAUGUUUCGCUCUUACUGCCGAGUUACUUGUCGACAAGGCCAUGGAGUUGCGAUAUAUCGGCGGAGUAUUUGGGGGCAACAUAAAACCAACACCAUUUUUAUGUUUGAUUUUAAAAAUGCUGCAAAUUCAACCAGAGAAAGAUAUUAUAGUUGAAUUUAUAAAAAACGAGGAAUUUAAAUAUGUUCGCGCGCUCGGUGCUUUGUAUAUGCGACUGACAGGGACAUCAUUGGAUUGUUAUAAAUAUUUGGAGCCUCUUUUUAAUGACAAUCGUAAGCUCAGAUCACAAAAUAAGCAGGGAAUUUUUGAAAUAAUUCAUAUGGACGAAUUUAUUGAUAAUCUUCUGAGAGAAGAAAGAUCUUGUGACAUUAUUUUACCUCGUAUUCAAAAGCGGCACGUUCUGGAAGAGAGCAACGAACUUGAGGCUAAGAUUUCAGCUCUUGAGGAUGAUAUUGAUGAAGGAAUAGAGUCAUCUGAAGACGAAGACAUGCCACCGCCUAAUGAUGAUCGAAAAAAAUUAGAAAAUUAUGACAAGGAUCGUGACCGGUACAAGGACCGGGAUAAGAGACACUCAAGGUCUGAUAAAAAAUCUGAUCGCGAUCGAGCGAGAUCUAGGAGCCGGGAUCGCAAACGCGACCGUGAAAGGGAACGAGAUCGAGAACGCAGAGAUCGGAAGGAUAAAGACCGUGACAAGGAUCGGCAUCGUCGCGAUGAUCGCGAGAGAAAUCGGGAGAGAGAUCGCGAUCGUGAAAGACGAAGAGAACGCGAUCGCGGUCGGUAUUAAUUUUAAUUAUAAAUGUAAUUAUAAUUUUAUAAUAAAGGAUUUUCUUAAAAAAAAAAAAAAAAACAAAUUUAGUCGUAAAUAAAAAUUUUCUUAAUUUAUUUACAUAAUUCAUUAAUACUUAAUAUAAAUAAUGAGCAACAUGUACAUAUGUACUAAAAUAAAUUUACUUAAUUAACGUGAUUUAAAAGUUAAUUUUUUUUUACAAUAUACAUUAUUUUAUAUAAAAUUAA